UCUUUGGGGAAAAAAAAAUACACAGUUGAAAUUAUGGAUUAAUUUUAUGUGCUGAACUUUCUAAGUCCCCUUGGCUAUGUUAUACCUGCACUAACGAGGUGAUAAAUAAUUGGACAUCUUACUUUAUUAUAAACUGUUGUCAGCCUAUACCUACGCCUAAUUCUCUUCACUUUUUACCCCACAUCUUCAGAUUACCUUUCCCUUUUGUUGCUUUUGGUCUUUGGAUAUAACCAACUUUAACUUUUUCAUGCUAUAUAUUAAUCUUAGGCAAAUAAAAAAUAUCCAUUUAAGAGCAUCCCAAGAACAGAAUACAUUUGUUUCUGUCUACAUAGGACCAGAGGAAAUUUUGGUGUUGGGUGUGUUCCUCUGAUUCACAAAUGUGCAUUGAAGAUCAAAGACGGGAAAAUUUGAGAUAGUGACACUGGAGUUAUGGGUGGUGAUGGUGCCGGCCGUGGCAGCAGUUUAUUGAUGGCUCUUCUUUUACUUAUUUUUCUCUCUAUUGUUUCUGCUGAGAUUUUAGUAAAGCCUGCAGCGAAAACAGUUACUGGAACGACAAGCAAUCAACAUUUAGACACUGGAAGGAUAAUAGAAACAGAAAGGCAUUCUCUUCAAAGGACCAAUCUCAAUUAUGUCAGCAAAAGAAGAGUACCUAGUGAACCCGAUCCAAUACACAACAGGGAAGCAGGAGAGCACAUGAUAACACGCAUCCGAGCUUGAGCUUGAGGGGAAAAGUAAGAGGCUUGAUAACUAUUAUUGCAAAGAGUUUCAAUUGUCAACAAGAAUUUUUUUUUCCCUACUUGGAAACUUAGAUUGUGCAUUAUGUUUCUGAGAUUGUAAAGAAGCAGAUUAGAUCAAGUGAAUGAAAAAUUCAGCUGCCAAAUCAAAUUCAAGAGGGCACAUAGCUCUUAGAAGA